AUGUCUAAAAACUGUGAUAAUCGAUCAUUUUUAUGUGAUUUACCACGAAUUCCCGCACGUGAUAAUCUUAACGUAAGCCAUUUUCAAAAUAUAUCAGCGUUUCCACCAACACGUGAUCCCGGUGAAUUAUCGUCAUUAUACACACAGUUAAAUAUGAUGCCAUUACAACCAAAUAGUCUAUCAAAAGGCAAUAAUUAUCGUUCAAUAAUGCCGACUGUUGGUUGGAUGGAUCCAACUAUACAACCGUAUUUUUACUACAAUUUAGCUUUAAACGAUCCAAAUCAUAAACGUAAAAAUGCCACACGUGAAACAACAGCAACGUUGAAAGCAUGGUUAUAUGAACAUCGAAAAAAUCCGUAUCCAACAAAAAAUGAAAAAAUGAUGUUGGCUGUUAUAACUAAAAUGACAUUAACGCAAGUAUCUACAUGGUUUGCUAAUGCGCGUCGUCGAUUAAAAAAAGAAAAUAAAAUACAUAGACCUGAUGAUGAAAAUGGUGAUGAUGAACAAUCAAAAAAUGAUGACUCUGAUGUUGAUAUAGGUAUAAGAACGUCAAUUUUUGAUUUUUUUAGUGAUCAUUUUCUGAAAUUUAUGGAUUUAGAUGAUACAUCUGAGUCGGAAAUUAGCGAAGAAGAACCUGAACACUGUCUAGAACCAACAUCAAAACGAUUUAAAAAUGAUGUUUCCUAUUAUUAUCAACCACCUGUAGUACCACAAUUUGCAACAACAUCAACACCGAAUGGUGGACAGUCAGCUAUGACAACAGAUUCAUCUUAUUCAUGUGAUGAAAAACAGUCAAAUGAUAGUCUCUAUGAACAUAACACUACAGAUAGUCUCUCGGAAAAAAAAGUGUUAAUAACUAAAGUUGAUCAUAAACAAUUUUCAGAAAAUCAUAAACGAAAACUUGGUGAUAACUACGAUUCUGGUCAUAGUAGUUUUACGUCAAUAACAACUACUACAGCAGAUGUACAAUCAAUUAUAGCACCAUCAAAUGAUCCUCCUCUACCACCACCAUCAAAAACAACGACAAUAACAACACGUCCAAAAGGAAAAAUAUGGUCUCUUGUUGAUGUUGUUAAUGAUUCAAAAGAUAAUCGAUUACAAACAUCUCCAUCUUCUUCAUCAUCUAUCUCAUCAAACAAUACUACUAGUAAUAAUAACGAUUAUUCUCCAUCACUUCGUAAUAAUAUCUCACAUUUACCGUCACCCACCACAUUAUUAAUUCGUAAUACAAUAGUACCAACACAACAUCAACAAUCUUAUAUAAAUUUAUUUAAUAUUCCCUACGAAGUAUGUUGUUCAAUGUUUAAUACUAUACCAUCAUCUACUUAUAAUUUAAUAACUUCUCCUUCUGAACGUUCAUGUCGAAUAUCACCUGUAAAUGUCUUAACAUCAAAUGUCAGACACUCUGUAUCACCUCAUCAAUCAUUAUCACCAUCCACAUUGAGCUUAUCUCCAAUAUCACCAUGUCAUGCUACAAAGUCUAUAUCACCAUCAAAAGUUACUUCUUCACUAGUACAUACUUAA